UCAUUGGCCCUGAGAGUUUGGACGUUUCUCAUAUAUCCUUGGUAGAGCAAAGACUACAAAAAGGACGGCUUUUAUAUCUAGGUCCUGGUCAGAUUGUUUGUUCUCUCUUGUUUUUCAGAAAACCAGGAACUGAGAAUCAUGGCUGGGAAGCCCAAACUGUAUUACUUUGAUGGCAGAGGCAGAAUGGAAUCGGUGCGCUGGCUCCUGGCAGCUGCUGGGGUGGAGUUUGAAGAAGUGCUUUUCGAAACAGCUGAAGAUUUUGAGAAUUUAAUUAAGGGUGGAAAACUAAUGUAUGACCAAGUGCCAAUGGUUGAAAUGGAUGGAAUGUACAUGGUACAAACCAGAGCCAUCCUGAGAUAUAUAGCUACAAAAUACAACUUGUAUGGGAAGGACCUGAAGGAGAGAGCAAUUAUUGACAUGUAUGUGGAAGGGAUGAGGGAUAUGAAUGACAUGAUUAUGCUCUUCCCACUUUCUUUGCCUGAAGAAAAACAAAAGAAUCUCAACUAUAUCCUGGAGAGAGCCACUCAAAGAUUCUUCCCAGUGUAUGAGAAGGCAUUACAAGACCAUGGGAAAAAUUACCUUGUUGGCAACCAGUUGAGCUGGGCAGAUGUACAGCUGAUUGAAGUCAUCCUAAUGGUUGAAGAACUCAAGUCUGGCAUUCUCUCUGCAUUCCCUAAGCUUCAGGAGUUCAAAGCUAGAGUCAUCAAGCUCCCCAGGAUCCAGAAAUUCCUUCAGCCUGGUAGUCCAAGAAAGCCACCAGUGGAUGAUGCAAGUUUUGAAGUUUCAAGGAAGAUAUACAAGAUUGAUAAAAAUUUGGUUCUUAAACACAUGAGCUAAAUAUUCACAAGUAGAGUUCUAAAGAACACAAUUAAUAUUUUAGUUUCCAUCUGUAGUCAUGCCCACAGAAAUACUAGGAUGUGCUCCUGUGACAUUCCUAGGUUCAAUAACUAGCAAAUAUGAUUUCUCCCUAUAGGGCUCAUUGUAAAUCAGAAAACCUAAUCUUUACAUUGCUUAUUAUAAAAUUUCAUUUAAUUAGAACCUCACCUUACUCAGGAUUGUAGAAUCAUAGAUUAUGUUCUCUUUUUAAUUCCAAUAAACAGCUAAAUUUAGAGCUAGAAGAAACCUUAGAAAUUUUUGAGUGUAGUUCUGUCUCCUCCACCCCCAUGCCAGUGCUUUUUACUCAGAUAGUAAUUAAAAUCCAGACAUACUCCAAGGUCACACAAAUGGUCAGAGGUAGAGCAGGGAUUCAAGCUCAGGUCAACUAUAAAAUAUGGAUAAUAAUAGCACUUACCUCCCAGAAUUGUUGUGAGGAUCAUAUGAGAUAAUAUUUGUAAAGUUCUUAGCAUAAUGCCUGGCACAUAGUAGGUGCCCAAGAAAUGCCUGUUCCCUUCCCUGACACUGACCAUUCCAAAUUUAACACUAGUUCCACUGUUAUACUACCCCCUUCCAAUUAAUUCAAAAUUUUCUGCGUUCUACUUUAGGAAGAAAAUUAUACAAAUUAUGAGUAAGAUGAUAAUAAAGUUGAUUUUUUAAAAUUACUACAUGAGACAUUAGGUUCAGUAUAGAUUCCAACCUUUUUUACCUAUCCUUUUGCUCUUAAGGAUCCUCAAAAAAGAAGAAAUAUUUGGUUAUACUCACUCCACAGGAUUUGGGCAGGAAAGUAGUCUGAUAAUAUCUUAGGUUUUCAAUUUUUAAAAAAUGGUUGUUUAACUCUCAGAUAACUAGAAAUUUUAAUUAAAGAAAAUGCCCAUUCUC